GUCAGUUUUAUGUUUGUCGAGAGACAAGACAACCAAAUAAUUCACUGUGUUCAACAAGUCAUACUUUUUCCUGGUAUCCAUCAAAGAUGAUAAAGAAAUAUAUGUGUUAUGCGCUUAUUUUCGUGACGAAGUUUCUUUUUGUUCAACUUCUGGAAUCAGGAGAAUGUUUGGAGGGAGAGACAUGGUAUGAAUGGUGCAAAAAAUGCAGAUGUUAUGGUCAAGAAAAUUACAGCUGUGAAAGACACAGCUUCAACUGUUUAUUCUCAGCUGAAAAUUUACAGAACGUCAUAGUUUUCUCCGAUGAUAGACGAUGCCACUACUCUCAUGAAAGGAAAAAAACGAUAUGCGUCGAAAUGACAUAUCAAAAAGAUUUGAAUGGAACGCAGUGUAUCGAGGAUUCAUACUUUUAUGACAACUCUACCUUCUGUGAAUGCGACCUAACAACAAUGAAAUAUAUUUGUCAUUCAACUAAUGGAUUCUGGAAGACAAGUGGGG